AUGGAGGUGGGAAAUGGCAGAAACAUCCGCUUUUGGGAGGAUGCGUGGUUACAAGAUGGCUCCUUCAAAGAAUGUUUUCCAAGACUCUUCUCGGUUUCAAAUCAACAAGGAUCCGUAAUAGGGGACUGUGGGUUCUGGGAUGGGCUACAGUGGGUGUGGAACUUCCAAUGGAGGAGGGAACUCUUCCAAUGGGAGUUAGAGUUGCUAAAUCAAUUACAUGACCGGUUAAGGGACGUGAGGUUAUCACUUGAUAGAGAGGAUUCAGUGCUACAUAAUGAGACGCUCCCAGCAGACAUCACAAGAUACAACUUCACAAGCUCCAUAUGGACAGGAUUGGUUCCACCAAGAGUUGAACUCUUUGCUUGGUUUGUGCUAAUAGGAAGGGUAUGGUGUGCUUGGCUGACAUUUUCUGAUAGAGCGUGGGUCAUCCCAGGAACCACUAAAGAGUUCUAUGAGAGCUGGAUUGAAGCAACAGGUGGGAAGUCAGAGCAAAGAAAAUGGCUGAUAGGAUUCUGUGCGGUUAUUUGGAACAUCUGGCUGGAGCGAAAUAGCAGAGUCUUCCAGCAGGUAGAGACAAGUGUUGAAGGAAUUAAGAUCAUGUCCUUCUUGAGCUACAAGGAGUGGUGUGGAGUUGAUCCGUUUGGUUGUUGA